UGCAUUUUUUGACAGACAAGACUCAAGAGAACACCGCACAGCAAAGCAAAGCACAGCGCAACACAACACAUUACAGAAUUUUGAAAAUUCGCUAUAUAAACUGAGCAAACAAACUUCAUGUGAGCCCCAGCCCCAGCCCCCCCACUCUCUCUUCUCGUUCUCUCUCUCCCUUUCUACUUUCUUUUUCUCUAACUCGAAGCAUCUCUCAGCAGCAGGCAGAGAGAGAUAAAGCUGGUGCUUGGUUCUGUUUGGUUUUGAUUUCUUUUGAUUCGAUUUCUCGUUUACUAGAAAAAGAAAUGGCAAAGAAUGUUGGAAUUCUCGCUUUGGAUAUCUAUUUCCCUCCUACCUGUGUUCAACAGGAAGCAUUGGAGGCGCAUGAUGGAGCAAGUAAAGGAAAAUAUACGAUUGGACUUGGACAAGAUUGCAUGGGAUUUUGUACUGAGGUUGAAGAUGUCAUCUCCAUGAGUUUGACAGCUGUUACUUCUCUCCUUGACAACUAUAAUAUUGAUCCUAAACAAAUUGGUCGUUUGGAAGUUGGUAGUGAAACUGUGAUUGACAAGAGCAAAUCUAUUAAGACUUUCUUGAUGCAAAUUUUUGAGAAACAUGGGAAUACUGACAUUGAAGGUGUUGACUCAUCUAAUGCUUGCUAUGGAGGAACUGCAGCUUUAUUCAAUUGUGUCAAUUGGGUUGAGAGUUCGUCAUGGGACGGACGCUAUGGACUUGUAGUUUGUACCGAUAGUGCGGUUUACGCAGAAGGUCCUGCUCGGCCUACUGGUGGAGCUGCAGCCAUUGCUAUGCUAAUAGGUCCAGAUGCACCUAUUGCUUUUGAGAGCAAAUAUAGGGGGAGCCAUAUGUCUCAUGCAUAUGAUUUUUACAAGCCCAACCUAGCCAGUGAAUAUCCGGUUGUGGAUGGCAAGCUUUCUCAAACAUGCUACCUCAUGGCUCUUGAUUCUUGCUACAAGCAUUUCUGUGCCAAGUAUGAGAAAUUUGAGGGCAAACAAUUCUCUAUUUCCGAUGCUGAGUAUUUUGUAUUUCAUUCUCCUUAUAACAAGCUUGUACAGAAAAGUUUUGCUCGUUUAGUGUUCAAUGACUUUGUGAGGAAUGCCAGCUCUAUUGACGAGGCAGCUAAAGAAAAGCUUGCACCAUUUUCAACUUUAACUGGUGAUGAAAGCUACCAAAAUCGUGAUCUUGAAAAGGUAUCUCAACAAGUUGCUAAGCCCCUGUAUGAUGCAAAGGUGCAACCAACCACUUUGAUACCAAAGCAAGUUGGCAACAUGUAUACUGCAUCUCUAUAUGCAGCAUUUGCCUCCCUUCUUCAUAAUAAAAAUUCUAAAUUGGCAGGCAAGCGAGUGAUACUGUUUUCGUACGGGAGUGGUUUGACAGCGACAAUGUUCUCAUUGAGACUGCAUGAAGGCCAGCAUCCCUUUAGCUUGUCAAACAUUGCAACUGUGAUGAAUGUGACAGACAAAUUGAAGUCAAGGCAUGAGUUCUCCCCGGAGAAGUUUGUGGAGACCAUGAAGUUAAUGGAGCACCGAUAUGGGGCUAAAGACUUUGUGACAAGCCAGGAUUGCAGCCUCUUGGCUCCUGGAACAUACUAUCUGACAGAAGUUGAUACCAUGUAUCGAAGAUUCUACGCCAAGAAAUUGGUUGACAAUACCUGUGAGAAUGGUUUGAUCGCUGAUGGUCACUGAUAACAAAUGGAAGUCAUGUAAUACUCCAGGAAUUCAGCUAUUAUGUUUUUAGUUAUUGUUUUGUCGUAAGGACAUCUGUGUUCCCUGUAUUCUACAGCAAAUAGUUUAUUCAGAAGCAAGUGUUAGUGCAAUUUUUUGUUUUCCCUCAAUAAAAUUCCUCUUAUUGUCUC